AUGGUCUCACCCAGUGGAAAGGUUGACCCCGAGCUAGGAAAAGAGCUCGACAGGCUGCUCGAGGACUCGUCACUAGAGGAGUCGGAGCCCGGUACUCACCAGGCCGCAGGGAAUGUCAUCACCCGCACUUGGAGGCGGCUACUCUUGCGCUUUGCCAUUUGCACCAGUCUGACGUUGGUGGCUCUGUAUCUUAUCCUCUCCAGGCCUCGAGAGAGUCAUCCUAGCGGUCCUCGAUGCUACCUCGGCAGCGUACCCAAAGACGUGCCUCCCUAUGGACCUGGGGAGUGCUUUGACCAUAUCAACUGGACAACCAUCGACCUUCCGGACAGCGAGACGACGGGACUUCUACAUGCCCACGCGUUCGUGGAUCUCCCGCUCAACGCUACCAAGGAGCUUUCGUUCCUCAACCUGGGCAACAUGACACAUGGCGCAUUCCGUAUCUCGCAGAACGGGGCGUCGGAUGCAAACGUAGUCAUCGGGAUACAGGCGUAUUAUCGGGAUCCUGAACAGUUCAGUAAGGCGCGGAUUUGUCGCCUUCAUCCCGCCGAAGACAAGUGGGGACUUGGAAUCUAUCUCAUCAUGCAAGACCUCGUCCAGACCCCCGAUGUCCCCGACUCAGAUGAUAGCUACAACUUGAAGCUUACCGUCAAUGUCGUGCUCCCAGGCACUGACGACAAUGGCGACCUGCUGCCAUUGCAGUACGUGCGUACCUACCUGCCGCAUUACAACCACUGGCUUGGCGGGCUCGUCGACGCCAUCUACAUUGACCCUGAGUCAAUUCCCAAGUACUCGUCCACCAGUUCUAUUCCUUCUGUGCUCCCAAGUUCAUCCACCUCGUUUUCAUCGCCCGCUUCUACAACCAGUGCUAGGCCGAAACAUUUGACACAUCCACCGUACCGCUGCGUCUUCCCGGACAACGCCUAG